GAAGAAAAUAGUAAUUUACGUAAAGCACCUGAAGGCAGCACACAGCUAAUAGUUAACGUUAUUUUACAUUCCAAAAUGACGGACCCAACAACGUCGCCGGAAGAUCACUGGAAAACAGACGGUGCUUUCAGCGACAGUGGCUUUGACCCUAGUUUCUUUGCUGAAACUGCAAGAAAGGGUUCAGUUGUGUCCAGGGCCAACAGCAUCGGCUCAACAAGUGCCUCUUCAGUACCAAAUACAGAUGAUGAAGACAGUGACUACAGACAUGAGGCGUCGUAUAAGGACUCGUAUAAGGAUCGACGGAGACAAGCGCACACACAGGCUGAGCAGAAGCGAAGGGACGCUAUAAAGAAAGGGUAUGAAGACCUCCAGUCUAUAGUACCAACCUGCCAGCAGCAGUCUGAAUUUGCAGUGGGGGCACAGAAGAUCAGCAAGGCUACUGUGCUACAGAAAACAAUCGACUACAUCCAUUUUCUUCAUAAAGAAAAGAAGAAGCAAGAGGAGGAAGUUUCUGUACUAAGGAAAGAAGUGAUGGCGCUGAAAAUAAUGAAAACGAACUAUGAGCACAUAGUGAAGGCCCACCAGAACAACCCACAGCAGGGGGAGGAUCAGGUGUCUGACCAGGUCAAGUUCAACAUCUUUCAGAGUAUCAUGGACUCUCUGUUCCAGUCUUUCAGCAAUUCUGUUUCAGUAAGCAGCUUCCAAGAACUCUCCGCCUGUGUUUUUAGUUGGAUUGAGGAGCACUGCAAACCACAGACGCUGAGGGAGUUUGUGGUUGGAGUGCUCCGGCAGCUCAAUGGUCGGCUUUAUUGAUUAAGUGUAACCUCUGGACUUAACUCCCAUUAAAUUGACUUUGGGCUUGCUCUGGCCUCUCAGGGUGGAGUUAAAACUUCAAUCAGCCUCAGGCCACACCGCAGUAUUUACACUCACUUCAGCUCAUCAGUGACUUUCUUGCUGCAAUUGGAUUACCUCAACCUUGCACUCUGGGCAGAGAUGAGAAGUUUAAUUGGAUUGAGCAGUCGCAUGUUUAAGAAGGAUCACUUUCUGAUUGUAAGUGUACAUACAGUACAUACAGAUGGCUGACUCUGCUGACUGUUCAGAUUUCCUCAGUGUUCUGCUAAGAAAUGCAAGGAAACACAAGAGCCUAGAAGUUUAAAAAAAAGUUUGCAAAUGAAUGUGUUAAAUGCAUUUGUGAGAAAAGACAGUGGAGUGUGCAUCUAGUUUAAGCAAUGGUGGUAAAUAUUAAAACAAAAAUCAAAACUCUUACUGAGCAUUUAUCGUAUUGCUUAUGCAAUCUAUCAACCUAAUUAACAUUAAUAGAGAGAAGGGUGAUAAACGAUGUAAAACUCAUGAGCCCACACCCUCCCCUCUGUUAUAUUCAGCUUAUAUUUGCAGACUAAUGUUGAUCCAAAGGGCUCCUCUCAGCUUCAGUGCACAAACAUUGUGAGUGAGCCAUACCACUUCUGAUCCGUAGCAGACAACGUUAAAUAUUACUAUAUUACUGCAGGGUAACUGUCAUUUCGCCUAACUGUGCAAUCCUUAGCACGCUCCGUGGCGCUUCAGCAUUUUAUUACGGAGUGUUAAAGACAAACACUUAUUCCUCUUUUAGUGUUGCAAGAUGGGAGGUUUUUAUUAAUGCAGCUGUGACAAACCGACAAAGAUGCUGAAAUUGCACUGGGGACAGGUGUGCAAUGUAGACAGCAUCAAGAUUUAUGAAUCUCUGUUUAUAUACACUGACUUUUGACAAUAAUCAAGCUUCACCGCACAUUGUGGAGCGAUGCUGUUUAAAUUAAGGCAGUUAUUCAGUUGCUGUUGUAUGUUUUGUGUUUAUUCUGAUGUUGAAUACUAAGUGUUGAUUGUGAUGGACCUUUCAUAUUGCAGUUUGCUAUCCAGCGGUUUUAAUGCCAACAUGAUUGAUGCUAUUUACUCUGGCUGUCAGUGGCUUUUAUGAUCACUAACUGUUCUUUCCGACCGAUGCAGAAAUGAGAAACGUUUGUGGAUUUUCAACUCCACUAAGUUAAAACAAUGAUCUGAAUUUUCAGGGCUGACCCUUUUUGAAAACCAUUUAGAGUCACCGUAAUUAAUAAAAAUAUUUGAAAAGGACCAGUGUGUAGGAUUUAGGGAGAUCUAUUGACACAAAUGGAAUAUAAUACUUUUUACUCACUUGGAACUAAGAAUGUUUUUUUUUGUUUGGCUUAUAAUGAGCCUUUCAUAUCUAAAUAAGGCUCUUCCACAGAGCCUGCCAUGCUGCACUGUCAUGUUUCUACAGAAGCCCAGAUCAGACAAACCAAACACAGGCUCUACAAAUGGACUUUUGUGUUUUUCAUUACCUACGGCCACCUAAGAUCUCAAACACGUGGAAACAAAUUGUAGGGCUGGUGUGUUCAGUUGUUUGCAAUCUGCACCCUCACCACUAGAUGACAUUCACUCCUACACACUGCUUCUUAACUCUAAAGUUAGAUUUUCAUGAAAGCUUUGAUAGUUUAACAGUGUCUGAAUAAGUAAAUUCUUUCAUACACAUGGCUAAUCUGUUCGAUAAAAAAAGAGUUGCUUUACUGUUGUUGCUUUGAUCACAGGUGUCUUGUUGCUUAAAUAAGUUUUGCUUUUUAGUAGUUGUUUGCAAAAAAAAUGAAAAAAAAGCUAUUUACAGUUUAUCACCAUCCAAAGAGUGACAUGAAAUCUUGUCCUGUUUAAUUCGGUUGUAAGUAAAAUGGAAAUAAAAUGUAGCAAAAAGGACAACUCGUAUUGCUAUCACUGCAGCUGUAAAAUAUCUACAGAAAGAAAUUUUCUUAGCACUUAAAUAUCAAAAGUUAUUGUCAUGAACAUUUUUAUAAUUCCUGAAUAACCAGAAACCUUUAACAAAGGAGAGGGGGGAUAUAAAACAUGACAACCCUCCAUAAUACCUGAAGAUCAUUAAUUACAGUAAUGCUUCAUACAUUGUGAUUCUUUUAUGUACAAUUCUCAAACGUGGCAGCAAUAUGGACUUGAACAUAUAAGAACAAAUAACAUACAGCUCUAAAAGCUAUAACGACUAAUUUGACAGUUUCAUCAUAGGCUCAGGAUGGUUUUAUGGCUUUAAAAAGGGAAAAAAUGAACCAGUGUUGCCUAUAAGGUUGCGAGCAUCUUUCAGUGCUGUUUAAUGAUGUGAUGUAGCGUUAGUGUCUCGCAAAUGACAGCUAUUUUUGUAUGAAUAUACUUUUAAUUACAGUGGAAGUUGUUUUUCCAUUCAACUUGUAUUAAUGAUGUACUUUUUGUUCAAGAGAAAGAAUAAAGAAUGUGCUGUGGCUCUGAUAUAUAA